AUGGCUGCGGAGUUUGACGGCAGCGCCUACCUCUACACUGCACUGACGAUGGCGGCGUUCGAGGAUAUGGGCUUCUUCCGGGCGAAUUGGGGGAUGGAGGAGCCGAUGAGCUGGGGCAGUAACGCCGGCUGCGGCCUGCUUAAGGAUAAGUGCAUGACGAACGGCGUCACGAAAUACCCGGGCAUGUUCUGCAGCGAAAGUGGAGUUGCAAAAUGCUCCUCGGAUCGCCUGGGUUUUGGAAAAUGUUCCUUUGACAAGCAAAAACAAGAUAUACCCCCUCAUUUUCAGUACUUCACAAACCCGAAGGUUGGGAACUCGAAAUCUAUGUUAACCGACUAUUGCCCCGUCGUGGAGAAAGAAUUAACUAAAUGCAGUGAAGCAACAAAUUCCAAGUCGCCAGGGAGCGUUUCGGGCAAGAACUCGUGGUGCCUCGACGCUGAUUCCCUCGUUGUGAAUGGUGGAGACUCGACUGUUAAGACUGACGGGGUCUGCGCGGCUGUGUCUUGUGCCGGUGGCGCAGUGAAGGUGCGAUAUCUUGGCGACGAGAAGUGGCACAGCUGCCCCGAGGGUUGUUCNGUCUGCGCGGCUGUGUCUUGUGCCGGUGGCGCAGUGAAGGUGCGAUAUCUUGGCGACGAGAAGUGGCACAGCUGCCCCGAGGGUUGUUCACUCAGGCCGUCGAUGACGUCUUCGGCCUUUGCGAGCGGCACCAUCAAGUGCCCAAAGUACACCGAGGUGUGCACCAUCGCCAGCAACGGCAGCAGCCUCAUCCAUUCCCACUCCACUCGUGACACGAGCAGCAGCUACAUCUGUCCCAAUAUCGGCGAUGGCAGUGCGGGUGUCUUGGGCAUCGCCGCACCCAUUGUGUUCGUCGCGGUGUUCACCACGGCGAUUGUUAUCUGGUGA